CCCAUACCUCUGUAAAGGAUGAACAAGGAAGUAAUGUCAGGGGAACGAUCAUGGCGAUUGGAGUAGACACAUAGCACCUGUAUCCAGCAAUGAGCCAGGAUAACAGCCCAGAUGCCAUGCCGGACGACGGCUGGCCAGGCCAGUUGCUCCACCAGGCGGCGCUGUUUGACAAUGUUGCCUUGUUGAGGUCAUUGUUGGAGGGUGAUGAGGUCAGCAACCUCGAUGCCUGUGACCGCAUGGGCCGCAGCGUUGUCUACACUGCCGUCAGCAACAACAGCCUGAAGUGCCUCAAACUGCUGCUGUCUAAAGGAGCCAACCCAAAUAUAGCCGCUGGGGAGCGCUACAACAGGAUGUCCCCCCUGCACAGUGCCAUCUGUGACAACAAGGAAGAUGCAGUUCGUAUUUUACUGAUUAAUAAUGCUGACCUUGAAUUUGUGGACAUGUCUGGACUGACCCCAGUAGAAGUGGCAAGGAGCAUGAACAACCGUAUUCUCAUCUCCCUCAUCGAGGCUGAAGUUGAGCGCAGGAAGAUUAGAAUGUACAAGAUAUUCAAAACCUUCUCGGAGUUAUGCGCAAAUGGUGAGACGGAAAAGGUCCGCGGUCUGCUGUCAGACAACUGGUCAGACCUGCGAAGGAUCCUCAGCUGUGUCCCUAAGGGUGGAUUCCCAGCCCUUUCCAGUGCUGUGAAGUCUGGCAGCUUUGAGUUGGUUCAGCUUUUGCUGGAGCUUGAUGCAAAGCCCAUCCCCCACACAGAGAAUGGACUCACCCCACUCCACCUGGCAUGUGAGACGGGGACCGUGGAGGUUGUCUCCAUUCUUAUGAAUAAGUUCCCUGAGCUGUGUAUAAUGCGAACCGUGGACCAUCAGCUGCCCCUCCACCGGGCGGCCGCGUGUGGACGUGCAGACAUCCUGGAGUAUCUCCUGGCAUUCCCGUACUCUGAUAACUUUCUCCACUCAUACGUCGACAAGCGCUCUGGCCGCUACUACUACUCCAGCAUCGACGUGAACCCCAUUGACUCCACUGGCAUGACGCCACUUCAUCUUUCAACGGAGACAGGAUCUUUAGAGGCAGUGAAACUCCUCCUGGACCACACCGUGAAAUUGGAAGACGAUGAGGAACCUCUGGAGGCUGCUGCUCAGACUGUUUAUGCCCGGAUGACCAGCACUGCCUCAGAAGGUCACUCUCUAGAUAAGGAGAUAGACCCGUACAGGAUUUUCCCGGUUGACAGAGACAUCAAGUCGAAUGAAGGACUGACGUCACUGCAUUAUGCUAUAAAGAACCACCACCCAGACAUCGCCCAGGUGCUGGUGAAGGGGGGAACAGAUCUGAGCACGAUGAUAAUGGUGGAUGAUUCUCCGAUGUCGUACCUUGCGUAUGCGUUAGACCGAGGUGAUCCUGAGGUGUUUGAGCUGCUGCUGAGACAUGGAGCUGAAGACACAGACAACAUUGCCAUGAAGCGAGCGCAGGAGACGAACAACAAGGAAAUGAUCCAGUUGCUGCUGCAGCACAAGACGUCUAAGGAUCACAUCCACACCAUUAACAAGACUGAGAUGAAACUUGCAUAUGCCCGAGGCCAUAGCAGCUUUAAGAGUUACCCUGACCGGUCAAGUUUGCCUGAUGAGUACAGGAGAAUAUUUCCGUCCUGCCCCGUGUCGGUGAACUGGCACAGGCAGCAGCUGGAUAGCAUAGACAAACAGUGUCUCAUUAGAGCAAGUUUUGUACACAACUUAGCCAUGAGACCAAUCGAUAAUAAUUUAACAGCACUCUAUGCAAUAACAAAGAUUGAUAUUUCACAUAACUAUUUCGCAGAACUACCCAGAAUUAUUUUUGAGUUGCCUUCUCUCCAAGUAUUGAAUGCUUCUGAAAAUCGAAUCAAAAGGUUCCCACUGGAAAAAGACUUGGAGCAUGCAGUGGAACGUCUCCAGAUUGAGGAGCUCCACCUACAAGUCAACAGCCUGGAGAUGCUACCCAACUACCUUUUCCGUCUGCCAGCCCUCAAGUACCUAAAUGUGUCCAGGAACUGUCUAAAGAAAGUUCCAAUUGACAUGUGGACAGCUCCCUCUCUCAACCACUUGAACCUGGCUCAGAAUGACCUCACUCGGCUCCCCCACUGGGAGAUUGGAGAGCCCAAUCUGAGCAGACGGUCAACCAUUGCUUCUCUAGGCUCAUUGUCAAAUUCAGACCAUGGAGAUUUCGAAAAUGACAGUGGAUGUGGUCUCGGGAAUGAGGGGUCCUUUCAGGAGCCACAUGAAAACACAGUCAACCAUUAUGACUGGUGGAGACAAAGACUAACAGUCACUGACCUUGACAGGCAUAAGAUGAAUGAUAAUCAGACUGGUAUUCGCCUCUUAAACAUUGCAGGGAAUAAGUUCACAGAGGUACCUCCUUGUCUGGCUUGUUGUGCCCCCUACCUGGAGGUUCUCAAUAUGACAGACAAUCGGCUGGACAACGUCGGACCAUUAGGACAUUUGCCCCAAAGUCUCCUUGAACUGAAUCUGUGCAGAACUGGACUUGAAUCACUGUUUCCAUGGAUACAGAGUGCCCUCCAAGACCAGCAUUGUUUGGGGUUAAGCAAAAGUGCCAGCUCCCCAACGCAAUACCGGAUGUCCCCACGCAGUCAUUCCCCCUCCAUCUCCUCCGUCAGUAGCUUCUCCCCCCUCCAGGCUGCAGCCUCCACCAACUGCCCGCACCGUUGUCAUGUGCAGCUUCCUCACCUGGAGAAACUCGUCCUGUCUCACAACAAACUGCGAGGUGUUGUCAUCACCAAGAUGGCACGGACCAUCAAUGCAACCAGCAUGGAUGUCAGUGCAGCCAACUUCAGCAUGGAGUCUGAUGAGAUCCAGAGCCGCCUUCUGUUCCCCAACAUAAGCGAGCUGGAUGUCAGCUACAACAGUCUUACUUGUCUUCCUCCAGACAUUGGAGAACUCACAAACCUGAAAGUUCUCUCCCUUAACCGUAAUCCUCUCAAGGAGCUGCCACCAAAGUUAGGUCUGUUGAAGAAGUUGUGGAAGCUGGAGCUAGAGUUAUGUCCCCUUGAUGGUGCUAUUCAAGACAUGAUCAAGUCUUCCCGCUACCCAACGAAGGACAUUCUGGGCUUCCUCCUCUCGGUGCUGGAAGAAUCCACGGAGUACAACUGUAUGAACCUGAUGAUAGUCGGGUCCCACGAGAUCGGGAAGACGUCCCUACUACAGCGGCUCAACAAGGAGGGCAAGAUGCCCAGCAUAGCUACUCACUGGAAGGAUCGGGUGAGCAACACGCCGGAUGCCACACGUCCUCGAGGUCAGACGUUAUCCACAGUCGGCAUUGACAUCAGCCAACUGGUCAUUGACCGAAGGUCAAAGGGUGCAGUGCAUUUCCGUACGUGGGAUUUUGGUGGACAGCGCGAGUACUACGCCACCCAUCAAUACUUCUUGUCGCCGAGGUCGCUGUACCUGGUUCUGUGGAACCUCACACAUGGGCCUAAAGGUGUGGACAGUUUGCUGCAGUGGCUCGUUAACAUUCAGGCCCGAGCCCCUGGAGCCCCAGUGAUCAUCAUCGGCACCCACCUAGACAAGCUGGAGGACCGUGCCACCAGAAAGAGCUACCCAGAGGACUUCGAGGAGGCAAUGAUGGGGCUGGUGCAGAAGAACUUCAUCCUGGUCAAGGAGCCAGAAAAGUGUGGGCUUCCCAACAUCCUGGACACCAUCAAUGUCAGCUGCAAGUCUGGCAAAAAUGUGUCCAAGCUUGUGGACAUGAUCUACAACCAUGCUUUCGACCUCAAACAUCCCCGUUCCCGGACCCAGAAGCUGCUGAAGCAAAAGAUCCCCAAGAAGUAUCUGCUGCUGCAGAAUGUGGUGAUGGAGCUGGCUCAGGAGCGUCACUAUGACAACAAGGAGCCUGUCCUCUCCAAGUCCAAGUACAUGCUAUGUGUAUCGAACAAGAUGAUGGAGACCGGCACAACUUUCAGAGAUGUAGAAGAGUUAGAACAAGCAACAAGAUUCCUGCAUGAAAAUGGUGUUCUGUUUCACUAUGAGGACCUCUCUCUGAAGGAUCUCUACUUCCUCGAUCCUCAAUGGCUCUGUGACCAGCUUGCAAAGGUUGUCACCAUCAAGGAGAUUAACAGAUUUGCUUCCAGAGGCAUCAUGAAGAUCAAGAAUCUAGAGAUGUUGUUCAAGAACUCCCUACAGCCAAUGGACAUCCAGCGAGACAUCACAAGCUUGCUGAACAAAUUUGAAGUGGCACUGCAGUUCGAUGAUGAGAACCUCCUCUUGCCGUCACUGCUGCCUACAGAGGAAGACCUGCAAGUCAGUGUGGAGAAGAAGUGUGAUGUCAGGAUUCCUCUGAGGAGACCAGAGGAUGAAAACACUCAAGUCAAACGAAGGUCAAAGCCUUUCACAACUGAUGUGGUGUAUGUUAGACCAGAUAGUGUGAAGACGCUGACUGUUGGAAAAUCUACAUUUUAUUCUGGUCCCCAGCAUUUUGACGAAUCAACUGGUCGACCUGACUCAUGUGACCUUCUGCUUCUUGGAGUCAAGGCCACAAGUAACCCAAUCUUCUCCUUCUGUCGUCUGUAUUUCAUGACCUACUUUCCAAGUGGGUUCUGGCCAAGACUCAUCACGCGGGUUCUAGCAGACUCUUCAUUGUACCACUUCGCCAUGAGUCUGUUCAAGCUCCCUGAGGAGUUGAUGCAACGGAGCCCAGGAAUGAAGACCUUGUUCGACACAGAGCCUGAGUGGCGAUGUUGGCAGACAGGUCUCAUCCUCAACCAUCUUGGAUUUGAGAUGCUCCGUAUCCGCGAGGUCCUCUCUGACUCCACAAUGGGCUUCUGUGACUACACGCAGUGUCGCCUGAAGUGCAAUGUGGAGUCAGAGUGGUCUUUCCUUGAUGUGUUGAACAGCAAGAUUCUAGAAAUCUCAUUACCAACAGACAGCCUUACCUUCCAUCUCACCAACAAAGCAGGACCCAUACAGACUCUUGACCCCACAAACAGAACCACUCUAUUCAGGGAUGACUCCGCUGCAGCUAAACUCUUGGGCAAGCUCAUUGAGCACAUUGACAAUCUCCUCCAGGACUGGUACCCCGAGAUUGGUGAGGUCAGAUUCACCCAGAACUGUGAGGGCCGAUACCUCAUCACACGGAUUGUGCUCUGUCCUCAGUGCCUUUACUCAGAAGUUCAAAGACAGCGUAAAAUGCAUUCUGAUCUAGAUCAUGAUGCAUGGUUUUGGAUGAACCCUGAGGUGCCAAACCAGUGUUCAUCCAUCUUCAUCAGCCAGGGGGCGCGCCACCCACUUCAGACAGGACAGGCAAUCAUAUUUGACCGAGCACAUCGGCGCCAGGAGACAGAAGCCAUCAUCUACAGCCACCUGGUGGAGCGAUGCAUGCUGGACAUGAUGGAGGGUGUGAACAUCUGCUGCCCUGUCCAUGCCAGUGUAUCACCUGCCCACCUCCUUGGUGACCAGGGACAGAGCUACACCUUCUUCGUUGCCCCUGACCUGGGUUUCCGUGAUGUAGACAGAGAGCUGCUGGUCACUGAGACAGACAGACUGGACAUUGGACGGGAACUUGGCAAAGGCACCUUUGGGAAGGUGUUUGCUGGAAACCUCUUCAAGAAGGGUGAGGAGCCCGCCAUACCAGUGGCAGUGAAGGUUCUGUUUAAUGGGACUCGAGAAGAAGCCAAACAGAAGCGACAGAGUAUUGAGAGUCGGAUGGACCGUGCGUGCCAAGCAUACCUCACGGCCAGACAAGAGAUAUCCAUCCUGGAGAGUAUCUCUCACCCAAACAUUGUUCCCAUGCUGGGUCUGGCAACCAGACCACUGUCCCUCAUCCUAAGUCUGGCUCCCCAUGGUUCCCUAGAUUCAUCACUCAAGAUGUUGGAUGAGACGGGACGCAGACUUCCCCUGUUUGUUAUCAGACAAAUCAUUGUGCAGGUGGCUCAAGCUCUGGCUUACCUCCAUGACCGCAACAUCAUCUACCGUGACCUCAAGUCGGAGAACAUACUGGUGUGGUCACUACCCCUGUCACCAGAGGCCAGCUCUGUGUCACCUGUUGAUGUGAAGCUGGCAGACUACGGGAUAAGUCGUAGCGUCAUGCCCACUGGUGCUAAAGGCUUUGGAGGGACACCACCCUUCAUUGCGCCGGAAAUACUGCAGCAUGCUGGGAAGGACACUUACACCGAGAAGGUGGACAUUUUCUCAUUUGGGAUGUGUAUGUUUGAGCUGAUCACAUGUCGCCAGCCAUUCAGCGACGUGAACAACCCAAGCACUCUGGUGUGUCAGGGCAGUCGACCAAGCAUCACAACACAGGAAGUGAACCUGUACCCUUCCUGUAUCCUUGACCUUAUGUCAGUGAGCUGGUCUCAAGACCCCGAGGAACGUCCCUCAGCAGCGGGUAUUUUGGCCAUAGCCCGCUCCCCCCAGUUCUGUCAUCUGCGUGACGUCGUCUCCCUCGGCCAGGAAACAAAGAUCAUGUGUGGGUGCUCUGUCCCUGCCAGGGACGCCAGCGACUUUACUCUGGGUGCCUCCACUCCUGGAUCUCCUGGCAUCGACCCAGAGCUGCUGUCAAACAGCUCGCAGUCAGAACCCGAAACACGUGCUCAGAUCUGGCUCAGUGCCUGUCUUGGCCCACGAUACUACAUCGACAUCCUGUCUUACGACCGCUGGAGCCAUUGUGUUGAUAGCAAGACGAUCCCGCUGCCAGGAGCAGAAGUGACGGCCAUGUCAGUCAUCAACAGCUAUGUGUGGUGUGUGGAUGCACAGGGAAAUGUCAUGGUGUUCAGCUCAGAGAGUCAACAGCUCGUACACUCCUUCAAGCUGCCAGUGAUGAUGGUCCCCCAAGUUCAUGGCCUCUACUACGUCCCAACUGAACCUGCCAUCAUUGUCACACUGAAGAAUGGCCAGAUAUUUGUGAGGAACCAGCCGCAGCCAGGUCCACUGUCUGACUCCCACACUGACGUGUUCCAGGCAGUGAAGAGUUACAGCUCCUGCUGCAUCAAGAUGGGGGACAGGUAUGAGAUAUGGCUGGGUCAGGAUGGUGGCAAGAUCAGCCUGUGGGAUGUACAUGAACACCAGAUCCUGGAGACAAUCAGUCACCCAGAACCCAUGGCACCCAAUAAGUGCUGCAAGUUCCUGGUAGCUGCCAAUAUCCCCGGGUCUGAUGAAACGCUUGUAUGGUCGUAUGUCUACCCAGGUGUGAUGGUGUAUCGUUGGGACGUGAAGGCACGAGCUGUUGUGGAAACGCUGGACUGCUCCCGAGUAGCGCCAUCUACUGAUGCCUCCAUAUUUGAGUCACCCACUAGGAGCUCAAGCCAGAAUUCUUCCAACAAGUAUCAAGUGACUGCCAUGAAUGUGCUAGGAAGCUAUCUGUACCUGGGUACAACCUGGGGCAAUGUCAUUAUCACCGACUCUGUCACUCUCAAACCCCUAAGUGUCUUCAAGUGCCACUGUGCGAAGGAGUUCUAUAUCAGAAGCAUCUUUCCCUUGCUAUCCGAGGAAGGAGCUGUCAAUUCAGAUGACUCCUUCUGCAGUCCCGGCAUUGUCACUCUCGGAAGAGGAUAUAUCGAUAUCAUCAAAGAAUCAAAGGCACCGUCUCCAAAAUCUCGUACUGAGAGUGACCCCCCUGACCUUGAGAGUCGACCUAGAACUAAGACCUUGACGCAGGACUUGAUAUCGCGAGACCCAACCCUUAACCACAACUUUGUCCUAUCAUGGUGGGCUCGAGGGUGGGAACAGUUUUGAAGACAAGGGAGCUUACUAUUGGUAGUCUUUGACCAGGUGGUUGAGAACAACACAUGUUUCUGUUCAGGUGGUACCAGUGAAUCACAGCAUGUUAAUGUACCUGCCAAGGCUGUGCAAUAGAGACUCUACUCUAUACCAUUUCCUGUGUUCACUGAAUCAAACAGGAAGCUGAAUCACACAAGACUGCAUAUACAUUCUCAACAGAAAGAGGGAAUAACUUAUCUUAUUACCUACGCUCUCGCUCGGGAAAUACCAACAUUUAGGCACUCGUGUCGUAAACAUAGUAUGACAUGGGCACUCAUAUAAUAUCCUCUAUUUCCAGUCGAUUCUAAAGGUCAGCGGUCAUCACAAGCAAAGUUGCAGACUCAGUCUUAUCUCAAGGUCAGUGGAUGACCCACAUGGAAGGAAGGGAAGUCACCAUCAUAUUUAAUCCCUAUGAAAAUGACGACCUUGAGAUUGUUCCCAGACCAGAAUCUUGUCUCAACAUGGAUUCCGAGUGCUUCAAAGUCCAUACCUAUAUACUUACAUGGAUUUUGUCAUUUUUCAUGAAUUUAAAAUCUAUUUAUACAUGAUCUAUAAAUAUACCUCCACCUGUGCAAUAAGCGUUGUUAUUUCAUAAUGAGAUAUUUAAAUGUUCAACAUAUUUGUAUGCAUGUAUAAAUGUAAGUAUGUAUACUAGGACCCCUGUGUCUACUGAAGUAUAUCUUUGACCUGAAUGGUUUGUUGCAGUCAUUUUAUUUGCAUUAUUUUGACAUACAUUUAACAAGAAUUGUUGUAUUCGAUGUGUUAAAGUGCUACAGUUUUGUUUAUUUAUUUCCAGUGUACAGAAACUAUCAAGAUAUUUACUCCCACUUGACUUGAUUUUGAUGUUUGGAGUCUAAAUAUUUUAAAGAAGUCAUUAUAUGUACAUAUGUCCAAGUUAUUUAAUAUGUUAAUUAAUCUGUUUGUUGAUCAUUCAUUCCAUCAGUCUUUGCUGAAGCUAUUCCAGGUUAUGUUGGUGCAUGGAGUUUACAUCUUCAGUAUUACAGUGUUGAAGUUGAUGCUAAUGUUGUAACUGUCAAUGGACUCUGUGAGCAAAUAACAUCAGAAGCCUUCUUACGCCCGACAUAUUUUGGGGGUUCAUGGAAUUAUGGGUAAAACAUUCUGGUCAGUGGGACAAAAACUAUAAUUUCUAAUAUUUCUCAAAAUGUAGUUGGGUAGGAAUGAAAAUGGGUACAAGAAGGGAUGGAGGAACUGGAAUUCAAGAUAAUUUGUUGUUUGAUGUUUUCACAAUUAAUUUUUUAGGUUUUAAUUUUUGUUUUAAAUUUAAUAUUUAGAUUAAUGGCAACUGUAAAUUAGGAGUUUUCUUCUUCUACCUUAAUUCUACUUAAUUUUGGUCAACGGAUUAACAAAACCCACUGUCUUUCUUUAAUUUUGUGUUUAACAUUUCAGUGUUUUGGAGUGGGAGCAUCCAUAACCAAGUUAUUAAAAAAGUCCUACCUUGGAAGUCAUGUACCGGUAAUACACAUGUUCAUGUUUUUUAGACAUUCUGAACAUCCCACACGUAAACAGAAAUAGCAGUUGUCAGCCUUUAAAAAACACACAACUUCAUACCAAUAUAAAAAUAAAUAAAUACAAACUUUUCUGUUCAACUGAUUUAAAUUCUUGAAAUUUAAAAAAUAAAAUGUGUGACCUGAGGCAGCUGUCUAAAUUAAAAUUGUGUAAUUGGCAUUUGUCAUGAAGCAGACUUUUAGUUCUGUAUAGAGAUCCAUAGAUGUCUACAACAGUAUGAAGGUAAGAGGCGUAGAGAAUUAGGAUUUCUGGUCGCAAUAAUCUGUGUGUGUGGGAGAAGGGGCCAUGUGUGGUUAGUUAUACCUACAUUGUAUACAUCAUGACGCUGAAGGAAACCAGUCCGCUGAUGUCAGUAGUUUCUCACAUAUUAUGAGCACCAAAUGUUUUUGUGAAUUAAACGCUGUCCAGCUGACCUCU